UAUGCAACACGACACCAUUGUUUUCAGUCACAUCCACAACACACACAUCCCUACACUUAAUACAAAAAAUCGUUUACAUCUGCAUCAUGGGAGAUAGAAACAGAGGCAACAAGAAGCUUGUGCAGUACCGUCAGGGUGCUGGAGGCGGAGAUGACGUGGGCGCUAAAGGCUCCUCCGGGGGGGGGCAAACAGGGGGCUAAUCCUUACUUCGAUGGGCUGUCUAUUGAAGAACAAGAAGAUAUAGCUAACAAACAUAUAGAAAUGGAUGAGAAGUUUAACUUUUACAGACUCAAGAAUACGCCGCAGAACACGCCCGAGACGGGAUGGCUGAUUAAUAUGCACACGACUACCAUCUUCACCGAGGGAUCCAAUAAACGGGCAUUCAGCGCACUGGACAUGUACUUCUUAAGAGAGAAUGGAUCGCACUUCAAGGCCACCAUGAAGUAUGAGCCUUACUUCUACAUCGCCGUGACGGAGGGGAUGGAGGGUGUGUUCGACCAGUGGGUGAAGAACAAGUUCAAAAGUGAGGUCUCCGCAGUCAGCGUGAUUGAGAAAGAGGAUCUAGACCUGAAAAACCACUUGAUUGGGCUCAAGCGAACCUUGGUGAAGAUCGAAUUUCCGAAUACAAACGAUCUCAUGAGGGUCCGAAAAGUUCUCAUGCCGGCCAUUAAGCGGAAUCAGGACGAGGCCAAAACUAAAGCGAUCUACGAGGUCUACAAACCUGAAAACACCAACACCAGUAAUAAGAUGAAUAACGACGAAGUGCUUGAGCAUGUGUUGGACAUUCGCGAGUACGAUGUUCCGUACCACAUUCGAACAGCCAUCGACAACUCUAUCACUUGUGGGCUGUGGUACGAUGUGCAGGUGCGUGGUCUAUCUACCACACUCACACACCGUGAAGACUUGGAGGAGCGACCCGACCCAGUCAUUAUGGCCUUUGACAUCGAGUGUACCAAGCAGGAUCUGAAGUUUCCGGACGCGGACAAUGGAGACAUGGUGAUGAUGAUUUCGUAUAUGCUGGACAAUCAGGGCUAUCUUAUCAUCAACCGGGAUGUGGUAUCAGCCGACAUCGAGGAUUUCGAAUACACACCCAAACCCGACUACGAAGGACCUUUCAUUGUAUGGAACGAGCCAGACGAACGGGCCUUGCUGCAACGGUUUUUUGAUCAUAUCAUCGAAGUGCAGCCUACCAUCCUUGUCACCUUCAACGGAGACUUCUUUGAUUGGCCGUUUAUUGACAAGAGGGCUGCCUACUACGGUAUGAACAUGACAGAGCAGAUCGGCUUUGGGAAAGACAACGCCGACGAGUACAAGUCGCGUCACGCCAUCCACAUGGACGCCUUCAGUACGGUGGGUGGGUGGAGUGUUGAGGAUAUGUUACUAGUGUCUGUGUACGGAAUGCAUGCUUCUGCACCUGUUUUACUUCUACCCCACACGGGUGUGUAG